AAAAAAAAAAAUGAUUCUUCUGCCGGACUGUUAAGAUCCGGGAUCCAUAGUCCAUUUGAUCCAAAUUUUGGUUUCUUCCGAUUUAUAGUGCCAGUUCCCCAGCAACACCACGUCAUAGUUAACAGUGUCACGCAAAUAAAUUACGGCAGAGACGUUUGUGCACGACGCCCGCUACACCGCCAGGGGAUGGCUCUUUCAGCUGAUGAAGUCUUGGAGGAAGUCGGAAGUUUUGGAUGGUUCCAAAAACGGCUCCUUAUUCUUUUCAACUUACUUUCUGCUCUUCUAUUUGGCUGGGCCGUGAUGGUGACAGGCAUAAUAACGGCAGAGCCCCCCUGGAAGUGUGUCAAGAAUAGUUCUGUGUGCUCAUUUGACGAGCUGAUGGCUCCUGGAGAUAUCAACUACGAUUACAGAUGCAACAUCUCAAGGAGCGAGUGGAUUUUUGACGACGAGAUGACAUCCGUUGCCACUGAGUUUGAUCUUGUGUGCAGCAAGUCAAUUUAUGCCACUUUAGCUUUAGCAGCGGUCUUCGUUGGGUUCUUUUUUGGCGCCAUAAUCAUUGGUCCUUUCACGGACAAGUUUGGACGAAAACCUACUAUCUUCAUCUCAGGAUUUGUCAUCGCUGUCUUCAGUUUGGUAUCCGCUUUCCCCAAAGUAUUCUGGCUGUUUGUUGUUUUCAAGAUCAUCGUUGGGCUGGGAGUUGGUGGAGCUAGCGUGGCAAUAUUCGUUCUGGUCACGGAAUUUGUUGGUGUGCGACACCGCAGUAUGAUGGGAAUGUCUCUUUGGUAUUGCUGGAGCCUGUCGCUCAUGGCCCUGGCUGGCAUGGCUUACCUGAUUAGAGACUGGAGAAUGCUAUCCAUUGCUACUGCAGUUCCUGGAAUUCCUGCGUUGCUGGGCUGGUUUUUGACGCCUGAAUCAGUGCGCUGGUUGCAGCUCAAAGGAAAAAUUGAAGAAGCGAAAGCGAUUUUUAGAAAAAUGGCCAAAGUCAACAAAACAAUUAUGCCAGAUGAAGAGCUACAAGUUCCCGACGACAGUGAUAGAUUAGGAGACGCCCGUGAUCUGUUUCGGACACGCAAAAUGGCGCAGACAACUUUGUUGUCGUGGUAUUGCUGGUUUGUGAAUGCUCUUGUGUAUUAUGGCGUUAUUCUAAGCGCACCUUCCAUUGGAGGAAACUUUUACUUAAACUUUUUUCUCACGAGCUUGAUUGAACUUCCAGCUAUCCCGGCAGGCGUAUGGGUUUUCAACAGAUUCGGCCGAAAGAAGAGUAUCAUUGCAAGUUUAAUUUUAGCCUCGUUUGGAGCAUUUGCAUCUGUGCUUAUUUCAAGUGAAGACAACGCUAGUAAAGGUGCUCUAGCAGGUAAAAUUAUCAUGUCCAUGAUUGUAGCCAAGUUCUUCAUUACCAUAUCGUUUGAUGGAGUAUACCUUUAUUCCGUGGAAUUAUUUCCCACUGCUAUAAGAAACAUUGGGGUAGGAACAUCAACAGCUGCUGCUCGUAUUGGAUCUAUCUGCUCUCCUUUCAUAGUGUAUAGUGUGAGUGUUUGCAAAACCAAACAUUGGCAGGUGGUAAUCCGUCAGUAAUAUACACCGUAUAUAGUACAACAAGCACCCAGCCUCGAAUAAAUUCCUCCGGUUUGAAGAGCAUUUUCAAAAAGCUCCGUUUUCGUGAAGGCUUAGUGUGGACGAAAUAGAAUAGACCGUAGAAAUAAAGCUGCGUUUCAAAUUUCUCCACGGUAGUGUGUACGGGGCCCAAGUUAGGUCAAGUCGAAAAGUCCGUUUACGAUCAGCGCUAGGAUUCUAUGUGGCCAGGAGCCAUAAUCGGGGACGGAGACCGUAAGCGCGCGCUAUUUCUAGU